AUGGCAGAGACUGGAAAAUACAGUGCUCAACAGAUAGAGAAUAGGGCCAAAAGAAUUGUAGAAAACUCCGGUACCAUGGGAGUGUCGCUCUACCCAUGUAGCGUACCUGGUCGAGGAAAAAUGUUUGACAUGCCCGAUAAUAUGAUGGAAGUUGGCCUCGGUAUUCAUGGAGAGCCAGGAUGUGAACGUGAAACUGUAAUGAGUGCUGGAAAAAUUGUUACUAAAAUAAUGAACAGACUUCAAAAUAUAGUGAAAUUCACAAAAGCAACUCAAACAACUCGCAUUUUUUUUCCAGAUCAGCCUAUUGUGCUACUUAUCAAUAACCUUGGUGGGGUGUCUCAAUUGGAAAUGGGUAUUAUUAAAAGCGAAGCGGUCAAGUGGUGUCUUCAGCACAGCAUAACCAUUGCACGACUUCUCUGUGGCACCUACAUGACUUCCUUAGAUGGGCAUGGUAUAAGCCUCACUGUCCUUAAACAAUUCGAUGAAGAAAUCCUGGAAUUACUCGAUGCACCCACAUCUGCCCCAGGAUGGCAUGUACCGGAUAAGCUUGGAAAACCAAAAGCAGCACCUCCGGAGAAGGGAGAAUUAUCUACUUUGCAGUACUCAGGUGGAGGUGUAUUAUUUACAAAAGGUGAUUCGAUUACCUCAUUCCUGCACUCUAGUAGAAAAGUAAGAAUGAGAAGGUGGAGGUGUUCAGAGCAAGAAGACAUUGGCAGAAAAUGUGUAAAUGCCGUCUGCGAAAAGAUGAUAGCUAUGGAAGCUGAGUUGAAUGCACUCGAUAGUGCUGCAGGAGAUGGAGAUUGUGGAACAACUUUCGCACAGGCUGCACGAACAAUCAUGGAAAGAAUGGAGACGUUACCGUUUACCAGUGCACAGCAACUUCUACAUAAUUUAUCAGAGAUAUUUGAGUAUGUCGGAGGAACGGGAGGAGCG